AUGAUUCCGAUCAGAAUUUUCAGAGAUGUUUCUCCUGUGCGAUCUGCCGUGGAAAGCGUGGCGUACAUAGCAGAUCACCUCAAAAAUGAAGAAGAUGAUAAGCAGGUCAUCGAAGAUUGGAAGUAUGUCUCAGUGGUGAUGGAUCGGGUAUUUCUGUUGCUGUUCACGUUCGCUUGUGCGUUCGGUACGAUUGUGAUCAUCGCUCGAGCGCCUUCAAUCUAUGAUACUACGGUACCUCUGGCGUAG